AAUUUAAAGUAGAUUAUCCCGAAGUUCCCCCUCUUUGUGGAGUGGAGUUGUUAUGCUCUCCUGUGGGCUCUUUCGCCACUAAACUUCACCAAAACAACAUUGCAUAGCCUUUGUAUUGCAUAUUAAUAGCUCCUUGGUGCACACUACUCAGCCAUGCACAUUGAGCGUCCUAAACAAAUCCCCUCUCAAAGCUUCCAAAGAAAGAUGAAGGCAACUAUGAGCGAGUCAAGUGAGCUAAAGAGCUCCAAAACCAAACCAGGGGUGAACCGAGGUUUGUCGAUACUCGACUUCAUCCUAAGGUUGGCUGCCAUUGUUGGAACAUUAGGAAGUGCAAUAGCUAUGGGAACCACCAACCAGACUCUUCCAUUUGUCACACAAUUUAUUCAGUUCAGAGCUGAGUAUAAUGAUAUCCCUAUGUUUACCUUCUUUGUUGUAGCCAACGCCAUUGUAAGUGGCUACUUGGUUCUUUCUCUGCCUUUUUCUAUAUUCCACAUCCUGAGGAACAGAGCGCAUGGCACAAGGGUUCUGCUGGUCUUCUUAGAUGGGGGAAUGAUGGCUCUUUUGACAUCUGGGGCAUCUGCAGCGGCGGCCAUUGUAUACUUAGCACACAAAGGAAAUGCCAAGACAAAUUGGCUAGCCGUCUGCCAACAGUUCAACUCUUUCUGUGAGCGAAUCUCAGGCUCUUUGAUCGGAUCUUUUGCAGCAAUUAUUCUGUUUUUGGUUAUGAUCUUCCUGUCCGGUGUUGCGCUGUCUCGUUGUCGUCGUUGAAAGUAGUUUGUGAGAACUGCAUCAUGAUCUUUUUAUCUGCGAAUACUAAUGCAUAUAUGAAUUUGAGUGUGCUACAAAAUGACUAGAGCUCCAAUCUGUCAGUGUGUGU